AUGGCAUGGAGGAGAGAGGAGGAGGUGGUGAUGGGAGGGGAGGAGAAGAGAGGAGAGGAGGAGGAGGCAGGAGAAAGUGCCACAGAACAGUCUGUUGAGACUCAUCCAUAUGGCUGUCAUGCCUUUUCAGAUUUCAUGCUAAAUUGAACAUAGGACAGCACAGCCUUCACCUGUUACCUCCCCUCUAUAGAAUACAUCAGACACUACACGUCUUUGACCUUUCACCUCUAUUGAGAAUGGUCAACCAAGACAAAAUCCGACUAAGAGGGAGGCUGUCUAAAAGCUAGAACUCAUGAUUACAGACUGCCAUUCCAGUCUGCCCUGUCCAGUCAGCCACUGGCUGCCAACCACAGCCCAAAACAACAUGGCGGAACUAAUGACUGGCUGCCCCAGUGCUGCUAUGCAUUGUGUGUAUGCCAGGAUCUCUGUGUGCAUGAUGUUUUCCUUUUAAAGAUCAAACAGCCGCUCACUUAUCUGAUUAUUUCUCCUUUUCCUGCCACUUUCAAGUAGAUGGUUGGAGUACUCCAAGUAGGAGGACUGUGCACAGCUACUGUACAUGUCACCUAUGUUUGGGGUUCCCUUUCAUCUCUGUACUCUUACAAUAUGGCAGUUUUGUGAAUAGGGAAUGUGAUUAAAUUCACCCGUUUCUCUGUGGAACAGUUGGGCUGAGAGAGGAAAUAAGGCAGGUUGAUGUCCACAUAUCUCUGGUUCUGCCUGUCAUGAUUCCGACACUCCAACACUAGACUCAGUAUUACCUGACAGCUAGUUGGAAAGAGAUGGGAACAUAGUGGGGGCAUGGCUGAGUUUAAUAGGUCCCUACUGCAGGGAUGUUCAGGAGGAGAAUUCCCUCUGCGGGAUCUAUUUUUCAGCAGUUUUUUCUCUUUCUUUCUCUCUCUUUCUCUCUCUCUCUCUCUCGAUCUCUGUCGCUCUCUCUCUCCCACUUUCUGCCUCUUUCUCUUCCAUAUUUUUAGGGAGUAAUUGAAAUACAUAGGGAAUAUGAGCGUAUUUAAAUGAAAUCUGUUAAUAUUGCAUGACUUUUCAUUUCAUUGUGUGCAUUAGUGUAUUCUCAUUUGCUUCUCCUAGCAUUUCUAAGCUUCUUUGAAUUGACUUGUAUCAGAGCUUGGCCUUUCUCUGGAAGAGACACUCCACUGAGCCAGUUUGUAACCCUGCAGCUUGCAUCUCUCUGUACAUUAGAUUUAUCACCAGAUCACCAGAUUAGCCUCUGUCUGUCACAUCUGUGAAUAGGCUCCAUUGCCUUAUACCAUAGGCUAGAUUUUUGCGUUUGUUGAGUCUGGUGAAGUUGUAUUAAUGGGCAAAUGAAUCUUAAUUUUUUUAAUCAAAAGCACAUCUUUGAAUGAAGGGUAUUUUGUCAACAGGAAUGUAUGGAAACGUACAUACAGUGAAAUGUUUCUAAUAUUUAGUUGAGGGCUACAAUAUGGUAUUCAUCAGAUGGUUUAACAUUCUCUGUAGCCUCCGUCCCCCAUCCUCCCUCUAUCUCCUUUUAUCUCUCUGUCGCUCUCACCAGCUCUCUCUCUCUUUCUCUUUGAAGGGCCCAGUCAAGGGGUGUAAAUAGCUUUUUGUUAUCUCAGGGAGAAGUCACAUUGAGUGGAAACAGAGACAUCUCCCUCCUCCAUUCUUUAGAUAAUGACACAUGGAAAAUUCUGGGCUUAAACAAAGGAUAUUUAUUUGGUCUGUUGUGUGAAAAUGAUUGAUCAAAUCUACAGUGGGGUCUGAAAUUAUUGUCACCCUUGAUAAAGAUGAGCAAAAAUUACUGUAUAAAAUAAAUAAUUCAAAUACUUGUAUGCAAAAAUAUUUUGGGAAAUUGUAUUAUUUUAUAAUACUAAUACAAUUGCUCAAAAGAGAUUUUGUUUAACAAGUAAUAUAUAUUUUUCUCUCAAAAAGGUAGGGGUCAAAAUUAUUAACACCCCUGUUUUCAAUACCUUUUAAUACCUCACCUUGCAAGGAUAACGGCACAGAGCCUGAGUUGGAGAACACACUGGGAGGGAUCUUAGACCGUUCAUCCAUACAGAAUCCUUCCAGAUCCUUGAUAUCCUUCGUCUGCGCUUAUGGACUGCCUUCUUCAAUUCAAACCACAGGUUUUCAAUAGGUUUCACAUCCGGAGACUGAGAUGGCCAUUGCAAAAUGUUGAUUUUGUGGCCAAUUAGCAAUUUCUUUGUAGAUUUUGGCGUGUGCUCGGGGUUAUUGUCUUGCUGAAAGAUCCACUUGCAGCCAAGUUUCAGCCUCCUGGCAGAGGCAACCAGGUUUUGGCUAAAAUGUCCUGGUACUGGGUAAAGUUCAUGAUGCCGUUGACCUUAACAAGAGCCCCAGCACCAGUGGAAGCAAAAUAGCCCCAUAACAUCAAAGAUCCACCACCAUAUUUUACAGUAGGUAUAGGGUUCUAUUCUGCUCAUCCAUUCUCAUUUCGACGCCAAACCCACCAUUGGUGUGCAUGGCCAAAGAACUCUAUUUUCAUGUCAUCCAACAAAUGUAAACGCCUGCUAAAUGGCAUUGGCACUUGGAUUGGAACCCAUGCUUUGGUCAGAUGACAUGAAAAUGAAGCUCUUUGGCCACUCACACCAGUGUUGUACCCCUUUUCUUAUCUAACACCAUUGCUCAGCAGCUUGGAAAUUACUUGUGUUAUUUACAUUUGUUGGACAUUGUUUUUUUCACACCUUUUCCAAUAAACAUUCAGAAAGUAUUCACACCCCUUUACUUUUUCCACAUUUUGGUAUGUAACAGCCUGAAUUUAAAAUGGAUUAAAUUCAUGUUAUUGGUUUGCUGGAUAGCCAGAGCCCAAUGAGCCCUGGUCAAAAGUAGUGCACUAUAUAGGGAAUAGGGUGCCAUUUGGGACGCACCCCUGGUGUUGUGUGGUAAGGAGCAGGUACUGUAAUUUAUUUUACAUUUACGUUUUAGUCAUUUAGCAGAUGCUCAUAGUGGCAACAGUUGUUGAAUGCAGCUGGAGCAGUGGCCUGCAGACGGUGCCAACCUCCCUCCCUCCAUCCCAUCCACCCCUCCAUCCCUUAUUUCUCGCUUUGUCCUAUAGCUAAAUUUAGUCUAUCACAUGUUGAUAUAGGUCAACUGUGGACAAGCCUGUAUUUAUUCCCAUCCUUCUCACUGCUCCUCAAAUCAAGGAGACAUUAGUAAAUAGGGCAGAAAAUAUGUCUCUAUAGUGCUGACUGCCGAGCAGCACUCCAGUGCUGAGAGUUAAGUGCGUGUGUGCUUGUUAAUGUGUGUGUGUGCGCGUGUGCGAGCCAUCAUGUCUCAGUUUGUGAGAGCUGCAUGUCUGUGAGCUGAUGGAGCAUGACCGUGAGGAAGGAGAAGAUGUGUGUGUGUCAGAAGUCUGUCUUUCCUUCUCCCUCUGUUCUAAUGAAACACAGCUCAUUCAGGAGACAAGCCUGUACUGCAGAAAGAAAUGAAUUCAUUUCUCCAAUACAUUCAGAAGAUAGAAUGAGAAACAACUUUUCUUGGCUGUCAUUAUCCUUACAACAUUUUGGCAAUACAUUUCAGUGUUCUAUUCAGCUGUAGCCUACAUGUCCGUUUCCUGACCUACUAUUAAACAACGUUUAAAUGUUGUUGUGGUACAAUGGUGACUAAUGGAAACUGCAAUACAAAUGUUAGUAUUGUGGUCAGUGGUAACCUAAUUUCAACAUUCUCUCUCUCUCCCUCCCCACAUUGUCCCUCCCCUCCCCCUCUCGCCUCUAUCUCUCUCAGUUCUUUGCAUCCAGGCAGCAUCCAUCCAGUUCACCAAGGAGCCCAAAUCCCAGGAUGCAUUGCAUGGCCGCAGUGCCAUGCUCCGCUGUGAGGUCAGCGACCCGGCAGACAUUCAGUAUGGCUGGCUACACAACGGUCAACCCCUGAACAACACCGAGAGGCGCUUCCGCGAGGUCAGCAACCUCAAGUUCACGGCGGUGGACCGGAGAGUGGACGCUGGGAACUUUGAGUGCGUGGCCUCCAACACGGUCACGGGAGAGGAGGCCCACUCCACUAACGCCUCUUUCAACAUCAAGUGUGAGUGUUAA